AUGGUUUCUUUCGUUAGUGCCAUGGCCAUUGUGGCCAUGUCGUAUCUUGCUACUGCUCUUCCUCAACUGGAGAAACGUGCUUGUGCUACCAUCAAUCCAACUGCGAGGCCGAAUAUGGCAUCGGGUUAUACCGCGCUUGUGGUGAUGAAAGGACUGAAGACUCCGAGAGAGAUGAUCUUUGAUCAGCUUGGACAGCUGCUUGUCGUGGAACAGGGAGGCGGUGGAGUUAGGUUGAUCAAGUUGACUGACAAUGGGGGGACUGAUGUUUGCGUUGCUUCGUCUAAGACUUUGAUUAAUGAUGCUACUCUCAAUCAUGGUCUCGAGCUUACUGCCGAUGGCAAGACUCUCUUCGUCUCAUCACAAUCAAGCGUCUUUGCCUUCCCUUACGAUGCCGCGGCAGGAACAGUCGGAACUAAGAAAGCUGUCAUAACCGGCAUGGGAAUCAGCUUCGCCUAUCACACUACUCGAACUCUCCGCAUCCCCAAGUCCAAGCCAGACGUACUCCUGGUACAACGAGGCUCAUCGGGUAACAUCGAUUCCCCUACCACCGGCAUCGACAGCGGACGAUCUCAAACGCGCAUAUUCAAUAUCGCCUCCAUCCUCGCUACACCAGUCGAUUACUCCAAAUCUGGGGAUGUUCUCGGCUGGGGCCUACGCAACAGCGUAGGUUUGGGCGAGGACCCAACUACUGGCGGCAUCUGGUCCGUCGAGAACUCUGCCGAUGACAUUAAGAAGGGAGGGAAAGAUGUGCAUUCCAACAACCCGGCUGAGGAGCUCAAUUACCACGGUCUCCUCAACGACACAACUGGUGCUCAAUACAAGGCCAACUACGGUUACCCUUCUUGCUUCGCAGUUUGGGAACCUAGCUCGUUCGGUGGCAGUGGCACCAAAGUCGGCACCCAGCUCUCUAUCGAUGAUUCAGUCGGUGCCUCAACGGACGCGGACUGCGCAAAGAAGUAUCCUCCUAGAUUAGUCUUUCCAGCACACACUGCUCCUCUCGAUAUCAAGUUCAAGAAAGAUGGAAGUGCCGCUUAUAUCACUUUCCAUGGCAGCUGGGAUCGCCAACCACCGGACGGAUACCGCCUCUCCCGUAUCGCAUUCAAAGACGGCCAACCCGUCGAGCCAUCUACCAGCACCACAGCCGCCGUCAAUAUCAUGCAGAAUGGUAAUCUGGGCGGUUGUCCCAACAGCUGUUUCUGUCCUACCGGCAUGGUGUGGGAUAGCAAGGAUCGUCUGUUCAUGACGAGUGAUACGACUGGUGAGAUCUUCAUUAUUGGGGGUGCGUAA